UGCGUUUAGGUUUACAUUGUCAAUUUGUCAGUCAGAUUGUUGUAUAGCACGAGUACGUGUAAACUGCGAAGUAAAGAGUUAUUACAGGAUUAAAACUCAAAGCCUAUAUCAGGAACAAUGUAUCUCAGAUAUUUCUUGAACGAAAAAGGUGAAAGACAGUACACUCUGGCGACGCUGGACCCUACUGGAAAGCCAACCCUAUCUGCCCAUCCAGCCCGGUUUUCUCCAGAAGACAAGUAUUCAAGACAGAGAAUUAUAAUAAAGAAGAGAUUUGGUCUCCUUAUAACACAACAGCCAGAACCAAUCCAUUAAUUAAGCAUUAAUCUAGUAAUGAUUUAAGUACUUUAAAUUUAAGCAACAUGUCCAUUUUAUUUUUAGACAGUGUAAGUUGUAAGUAACUUGGAAAAACCACAGUGUAAUAUCAACAUGCAAUUUAUGAUAAGGAAAUAAAAUGUUUCAAACUAAAA